AUGCAGUUGCUCUAUGGUAACGCAAGCGUACAAAUCUCACCAGAUUAUCGGUUUCUGAGAUUGUCAUCCGGAUUGUACACGGUCGAUUUGAAGACUGUCUUAUCACCAUUCGAAAUAUUCAUUUCGGAACAGGAGAUGACUGUGCAUUGCAUAAAUGAACGAGCAGUUGUACAGCUGCUUCCUGACUCAUCAAAUAUCGUCAUUACUACUAAUCAAUAUUCCAGGCAUCCUUUCCAUUAUAACGAACAGUUUUAUCAGAAAAUUAUUGCGCAAAAAUAUUUCUAUGAUUUGUUGGUUGUUUUUCUUUCUGCUGAUAGCCUUUUGCUCCGCAGGGUUAUUAUUGAUCGUGGAAGCGGGUUUAUACGCCUGGGAGGACAGAGAGUGCAUCCAAGCGGUGAUAUAAAUCUCCUGACAAUGCAACUCAAUAUUUUAUUGAAAUCCGGUGAUGUCAGCUCAGUUCGUGCUUCCGCAAAUCGCUCACGAAUUAUUUUGCAAACAAAUUCAACAAACAUGACUUCGACGGCUUCGCAUCAUUCUGUGGAUAUUAUUGGUGGAAAAACAAGCUUGCAUGCAUACACCGGCAAUGUUUCGAUGGAUAUCUUUGCAAAUGCUUAUUUGGAACCGGUGCCAACAAUGCUGACUCUAUUCCCAACUCCUUUUGAUAAUUUUGGGGGUAUUGGGCCAGUACUCGGCAACCUUAGCUAUUCGCACACGAAUGGACAAAAUUUGGCCACGGAUGAUUUGGUUCAGCCUUCUGUUCCAGUACCUUCAACAGCAUUCUUUCACUCAACUUCAACCAGAGCAAGCAGUAGCAGUACUCACGUUGCAGCAUCUUCUAGCAGUUCAGUCGGUGGAGACGGUGCGGAACCGGUACCGACUCGAUCGACUGCAACAGAUUCCUGGAUAAAAUUAAUAAAUUCAAGCACAAGUGUGUUAUCUCUCUCAACCAGUUAUCCGUCAACGGUUUCUCCAACGACCAUCUUCACGUCUAGCAGCGCGUCUCCUACAGCUACAGUAUCUUCAUCUGCAAAUAACUUGCAAAUGGGAGAAUUUUCCGGUUCCACAAUAACGCCUUUUACAACUGUGGAGCAAAGCAGGACCUCUCAAUCUAGCAUGUCCGUUGCUACAAGCACUGCUUUACGUACUACUGCUGGAGCAGCAGCUACGUCCACAAGUAUACCAACGAUAAUACAGUCUCCUGCCAUGAUUCUAACAAGUGGACCUUUGCAUUUAACUGCGUCAAUUGCCUCAGCUACUCCAUUAACAACUACUACUAAUCUUCCGUUCACUGAAUCCACCAUCAGCCUGACAGCCGCCGGCGCCAUAGUUACCGGUGCGCCUCUCUUCACAUUACCACAGCCCUCCAAAAGCUCGUCGACUACUAGCAGCACAAAUCAUACGAGCCGGACAGUGAGUAUUGGAGAAGCUGACUCAGUGGGCGGCUCAUGGGCAAUUGAUGAAAAUCAGGAUAGCAACCAGACCGAAUUUGUUGAAAUUAGCUGGGAUACUAUUGCUCAGAGCAUUGCUUCAACUACGAUGACAGCUGGGACGAUAACCGUUCACCAAGGUAAUGCGUACAAUUUAAGUUUUGCGUAA